AUGAGUACGUAUCUGCCGCAAGACAGGCUGUUGGCCCAGGCCUGCGACCAUGAAGGGCCAACGAAUGCUAAAACUUGCCACUACCGAAAGAUUUUUGCUAUCCUCCUCCUAAUUGAGAAGGUCGAAGCUAUCACCACCUUCAUCGCCGAGGGAGUCGAUGACAACUCCCUUCCCAUUUGUUUCAAGUCGAGCUCGGACGGGGACGCAAAACUUCAUGCGGAACGUCCGCUCGACAAAACAUACACUUCGUUUUGUGGACUUGAUCCGAGCGCUGCUGCGUCAUUCCUCGAGUGGCAAUGGUCGUUCCUGGCGCCGAUCUUUCCAAUCCCUAAUCCGCGGAUUAGUGAGGCGCCCUUCCAUGACUUUCAUGAAAACACCGUCCUGCCGAUCAUUCGCGCCGAGCACUUCAAUUCCGGUGCUUUUGGGACAGUCUAUCGCGUAGAGAUCCACCAAGACUAUAUCUCGAGCGACUUUGGACUAAAUGUCAAGAAGCAGCCAUACUUUGCCAUCAAGAGAUUGCGUAGCCGUAACGUGGACCUUUUUUCCCGAGAGGUUGCGUGCUUACGGUCGCUCAACAGCCAAGCCCAUCCGAACAUUGUCCGCCUCUUAGCCAGUUACAAAUUCAGGGAUGAUUUCCAUCUCCUCUUCCCAUGGGCUGAUUGCGAUUUGGGCAUGUUUUGGCUCUCAAACCCAAGGCCGGACGCCGAGGUUGGGACCCCCCGAAUGAUGCUGAAGCAAAUGAAGGGAGUUGCAGACGCUCUGUCCGUCAUACACGGGUUUUCCAAGGGCGAUGAACGACGGCGCUGGCAUGGACGACAUGGAGAUAUCAAACCAUCCAACAUCCUCGUAUUUUCGGAGCCCUGCACCGCCGAUACAACCGGACUUCACAACUUCGUUUGGAAGAUUAGCGAUUUUGGUCACUCUUUUAUUGACAUGGCGACAUCGGCGAGCCCACGACGGAGAGACAAAAACGGCGAGGAUGACCAUACUCCUGUCUAUAGGGCACCGGAGCUGCACCUGAUGCCUCACACCGUUUCAUCAUUGUACGAUAUCUGGAGCCUUGGUUGUGUUUACCUUGAGGCAGUUACAUGGUUGAUUUCAGGUAAAGACGGGCUUGACAGGCUCGCAUCAUCCCGCACUGACCCUACGUCGGAUACUUCGAGCCGUGACGCCUUCUUCUACCUUCGAUACCAUCCUCAUUCAAGCUCCUUCACCGAUGACCUCCUCGAGUUGAUUACGAAUGACAUGCUUGUUGUUGAAAUUACAGAUCCUCCAACAAGAAGAUCGUCAGCACUGGAGGUGUACGGGGCACUUGUCCAGCUAUGCGGAAAACUCGAAGAUGACAAGCAAUAUUCAUCACCUCGCUGCGCCUGUUCGCAUCCCCACCCCCUUACAAACCGUCAUGCGUCCGCCAUUAACGACCAGAGUCCGAGGGCUGGAGAUCCGUGGAGAAGAAUGCACACCGGCAAAAGGAAGCGCCCAGAGACCGAAACCACCACAGGCAGCACUGGCAGCAAGAAGAGGACCUUGGGAGCAGCUAGUAGAUCUGAGGAACCUCCGAACCUGAACCUCAGGUUUGCCUGCCCUUACCUUAAGGGGGGUGUGCCUAAAGACCUGCUUAGUCGAUCAUGCCUAGGUCCUGGGUGGACCUCGCUUCACCGCAUCAAGGAGCAUCUAAAGCGCUGCCAUACCCCGAAGAACCUGAGGGAUCCUUCAGCCUGUCCCCGAUGCCAGGAGGGUUUCAAAUCGACACAACUCCUCGGGCACCAUCUACGCGAGGAAUCGCAGUGUCCCAUCAAAGCACCGUCGAUCAUCGACGGCCAGAUGACCUUUGAACAGGUGGUGAAGCUGCAAUCGAUCAAGAGAAAGUCCGACACGAGCGAUGAGGAGAAGUGGUUUGCGAUGUACCGAAUUCUCAUUCCAUCCCACAGCCCCAACCGACCCCCUCUGUCACCGUACUAUGAAGACUUGACCGUGUCAUCCAUCGACACUCUCAGCACACAGAGCUCAACUGGUAUAGCCGAGUAUAGGAACUAUGUUCAACAGCCGCUACCUGAGGAAAAGCGGAGGAGUAUGGAAGCUGAAUUCAAGGCGAUGGGCGCUGCUCCCGAGUUGUGCAAGGCUCUGGUCGCCAAGUUCCACGAGAAUCAGCUCAAAGAACUCCAGGAGUUUGACGACAAGUUCAAGCCGAUGUACGAUAUCUCUGCCGGCGGAGAUGUCAUGAAGGCCAACGUCGCGGCAGAAGAUAUCGUGGGUCUUUUCGAUCUCAAUGUGGAUUUCAGCCAGGUGCUACCGCCACAGGGAUGGGAUGCGGAGGGAGUUGGCGAGGGCAUUUUCGAUCCCAAUGUGGAUUUCAGCCAGGUCCUAGCGCAACAGGGACGGGAAUGCUGA